AUGCUCGACAUCGGCGCCGCACUAUCCGUCCUGUUCACGCUCAUGAUCGCCGAGACGCCGGAGGAGGCCGCAGAACGCAUGGCUGACUUCAAGGCCGCAGCCGACAUCCCCGAAGACAUUGACGCCCCGGCCCCCUGUCUCGGAGUCGGAGACUGCGACCCGGCAAUCGAAGCAGGCGACCAAUGGCAACGCGCCGGCGGCUCGGCGGCGUCGACCCGUUCGGGCAGUCGUUCGUGCCCUCCCCUGCUGCCGCAGCCGCCCUCGCCGCGCGCGCCGGCGCGCGUCUCCUUGACUCCUUCCUCUCCCCCCACCAAACCAGCGAGCCAACCUACUGACCGGUCGCCGGCCUCCACCCAGACUACAAAUGGAGCUCCGCACCAGCGCGGGCCGCGGUUUCGCGUUCCCCGCUUCCGGCAGCCGCGGCACGGCGCCAUCCCCGCGCCUCCUCUCCCGUCACAUUUGGAGCCAAUCGACGCAGUGCACUGUCUCCUCAUCCUCCCCACCAGAUCCUGUUGCAGAAGGAGCCGGUUUUCUACUCUGAUGACGACUGCAUACAACACAGGGACCCCGGACCUAGUUGACUUCAAUUGGGACGCUCUUGGAUUUCAACUGAUUCCGACGGACUUCAUGUAUUUAAUGAGAUGCUCUUCAGAUGGGGUGUUCACAAAGGGUGAAUUGGUGCCAUAUGGGCCAAUUGAGCUGAAUCCAGCAGCUGCAGUGUUGAAUUAUGGUCAGGGAUUGCUUGAAGGUCUAAGAGCACAUAGAAAAGAGGAUGGAUCGAUCCUUCUUUUUCGCCCACAUGAAAAUGCAUUGCGGAUGAGAAUUGGCGCAGAUCGGUUAUGCAUGCCUGCACCAAGCGUAGAGCAAUUCGUAGAAGCUGUGAAGCUAACUGUUCUGGCAAACAAGCGUUGGGUACCUCCUACCGGUAAAGGUUCUUUGUAUAUCAGACCGCAGCUAAUUGGAAGUGGGGCUAUCCUUGGUGUAGCACCUGCUCCACAAUAUACAUUUAUUGUGUUUGUUUGUCCAGUUGGGCAUUAUUUCAAGGAUGGUUUAUCUCCAAUCAGCUUGUUAACUGAGGAAGAAUACCACCGUGCUGCGCCUGGUGGAACUGGUGAUAUAAAGACUAUUGGGAAUUAUGCUUCGGUUGUUAGUGCUCAGAGAAGAGCCAAGGAGAAAGGCCACUCUGAUGUUCUAUACUUGGAUUCUGUCCAUAACAAGUUCGUGGAGGAAGUUUCUUCUUGUAAUAUAUUCAUGGUGAAGGAUAAUGUUAUUUCUACGCCACUGUUAACGGGAACGAUUCUUCCCGGAAUCACAAGAAAAAGUGUAAUUGGAAUUGCUCAAAGUCUUGGAUUUCAGGUGGAAGAGUGCAAUAUUACAAUAGAUGAGCUGCUUGGGGCUGAUGAAGUCUUUUGUACUGGAACUGCUGUUGUACUGUCACCCGUCGGUAGCAUCACUUACCGUGAAAGAAAAGUGGAGUAUGGGAAGAGCCAGGAGGCCGGAGUGGUGUCUCAGCAACUCUAUGCAGCAUUCACAGCUAUCCAGAAAGGUCUUGUGGAGGACAGCAUCGGAUGGACGUUGCAGCUAAAUUAGCAGCUUUAUCACCUGACUGUCUAUGCUACUUCUAUUUCUGUUCUCUCAGAGUCUCAACACAAGUCUUAUUUCUGGGCUCCCGCCAGGUUGUGCAGUUCCCCAAACUUUUGCUCACCAUGGUAUCUGACGAGCAGAGGUAGAGGCACUCCUCGUGCAGCACACACACAAGAUAUUGACCGCACGGUUAAUGUAAAUAAAGUGGAUCUUACCUGUGUCCCAAACCACAUUUGUUGUCAUGAUCACUGUACAAGUGUAUAGUGUAUACACAUGUGGCUUGCUCUCUGAUGUGUAAAUUAUUGACACAGUUGGACCGC